UCAAGAUCUUCGUGAUACCCGUCGUCGCAAUCUUGAGAUGGGAUAGUGCACGGUCGCCAUCCCUCAAUCCCUUGUAACAUUAAUGAAUGCGCUGGCGAGAAUAGCGGCGCCUCGCAAUGGAAGCCUCUUGAAUAAUGCCUCUCUAGCAGGAGCGAUCUCAACAUGUAGUCCACAUGGCCCUUUUGCGCCUAUCGCCUUAAAGAGUAUACGUUGGAAUUCAUCUAAUUCGAGAUGGAAACAGCGGCAAGGGAGCGACUAUUACGCGCAACAAGCCAAGGUCAGGGGUCUCAAGAGUCGCGCUGCAUUUAAACUAUUAGAGAUGGACUCGAAAUAUAAGCUGUUUAGGAGAGGGCAGACAGUGAUCGACCUAGGAUAUGCGCCAGGAAGCUGGUCCCAGGUCGCCUUUGACCGUACGAAGCCAAAUGGGCGUAUAAUUGGAAUCGACAUCAUCCCGGCACAGCCGCCCAAGGGGGUAUCGACCAUCCAAGGCAAUUUUUUAGCCCCGAAUGUUCAGCAACUCGUGAAGGAUUACCUGGUUGAGUUCGCGCAACGGCAGAGUCCGUCUACUCGUGCGGUAGAGUCAGAGGAAGAGGAAGUCGGCAUUACCGAGCGACAGAGUUAUAUUGAUGCUGAGCGUGCUGAAUCAGUUGAGUCAGAACACCAAGAGAACGACGGAAGACUUGUAGAUAUCGUUCUAAGCGACAUGUCAGAGCCCUGGGUACAAACCACCGGAUUUUCCAGUAACACAUUGAGUAACCCGUAUAUUAGGAUGAUGAACACGAGCGGUAUGGCCUUUCGAGAUCAUGCGGGUAGUAUGGACCUCUGUCUCGCGGCUUUACAAUUUGCAAGCGACACUUUAAAAUCCGGCGGUCACUUCGUCUGCAAAUUUUACCAAGGUGCCGAAGACCACGAUCUGGAGUUAAAGCUAAGGAAAAUGUUUGCGAAGGUCCAUCGCGAGAAACCAGACUCAUCGAGAAGUGAAUCGCGGGAGUCGUUUUUCGUAGCAUUGCGUAGGAAAGGGGAUGUCACGCUCACUCUCUAGCAUUGGAGCUACUUUGAACACACAAUUUCGCUGUACACUACUUGUAUUACUCACAUGGAAAGUGACUAGUACCUACUAGGUAUUGACGUGCGUGUAUUAGUAUCGACCACAACUCCUGCACAACACUCCCCAAGGCAAAUAAUAGAACCAACGAGCGCAAUUUCAAACCAUUCAACCCGUGAAAAUCUUUACCCAUGACAAGAGCCUCAUUAUCUUGAUGUUACCAGUGAUGGGGUCACUCUUCUAAGUCCACCCCCAGUA